GGCUAGACCAGAGCAAUGGAAAGUAGCCAGCUAGCAUGGUAGAUAACUGCAUUGAAUCUGAAAACAAGCUAAACUGUCCAAGUUUAAGGCACCCACCUGGAUGUACAACUACGUUUGGCUGCAAGUUGACCCUAACCGGAAAGCCUAAUAGUGUUUCAAAACAAAUGUAGCCGCAAACAUCGUUUUCGGAUAAAGAUUUUGCCUAGCCCUUGGUAGCGCAGGCAGUCGGCAGUUUUGCUUAGUUAUACACUGAGAGCAAGUAAAAGAUAUACACUUGUGUGGAUUACGUAAACAUAUCAAACCAAGGUUUGUGUGAUUUUGCUAAAAUGCAUCACCAACAGCGAAUGGCUGCCUUAGGGACAGACAAAGAACUAAGCGACUUAUUGGAUUUCAGUGCGAUGCGAAACAGCGAUUUGAAAAUGUUCCCAACAUCAAUGAUGUUCUCUCCUCCUGUUAGUGGUAGAAACAGACCAGCCUCCCUGGGAAGUGGACAUUUUGCAGGCUCAAACAUGGGGGACAGAGCGGGGACGUGGGGACAUAGAGGUGCCCCUUCAAAGAGUUAUGCUGAUGGUUCCCAGUACACUCACAUGACUAGCCGUGAAAUGGGCUCCCAUCCACACGACAACAUCUCUCCUCCAUACCUCAACUCCAGACUAACAGGUAAAACGGAGAGAGGAUCCUACUCCUAUGGAAGAGACUCCAACCUACACGGGUGUCAUCAGCCGAGCCUCCUGGCAGGAGAGAUGGGCAGCCCUGGGGCGGUGUCGCCCACCAAGCCUGGGUCGCAGUAUUACCAGCACUACAACAACAACCCUCGUCGGAGACCUCUGCACAGUGACAACAUGGAGGUCCAGACAAAGAAAGUUCGGAAAGUUCCCCCUGGUUUGCCUUCCUCAGUAUAUGCCCCAUCUGCCAGCACAGCUGACUACAACAGGGACUCACCGGGGUACCCCUCCUCCAAGCCACCCAGUGGAGGGUUCCCCAGCCCCUUCUUCAUGCCAGACGGUCACCACAGUGCUGACCCAUGGAGCUCCUCCAGUGGAAUGAACCAGCCUGGUUACAGCGGCAUGCUGGGUAACUCCUCCCACGGCCCCCAGAGCAGCAGCUACUGUGGCACCCACCUGCAUGACCGGCUGAGCUACCCGUCACACUCCUCGGCAGACAUCAACCCCAGUCUUCCUCCCAUGUCCAGUUUCCAUCGUAACAGUGCCUCCAAUCAGUACAGUACAGCUUCCUGCACUGCCACCACCAACGGCACAGACAGCGUGAUGGGUAAGACCUGGGGACAAGGACACAGGGCUGCAGAAGACAGGACAGAAGACAGGGCUGAUUACAGUGCUAACCGGGCACCGACCAGCUCUCAGACGGGAGACGCCCUGGGGAAGGCUCUCGCUUCGAUCUACUCUCCAGACCACACUAACAAUAGCUUCUCGUCCAACCCGUCGACCCCUGUCGGCUCUCCCCCGUCACUCACAGCUGCCAGUUCUGCUGUAUGGUCCAGGAACGGAGGACAAGGUCCCUCCUCCCCCAACUAUGAGGCACCACUCCACUCUCUGCAGAGUCGUAUCGAGGACCGUCUAGAGCGUCUGGACGAUGCCAUCCACGUGCUGCGUAGUCACGCGGUCGGCCCCUCCACGGGCAUGCCCGGCGGGCACCAAGACAUGCACAGCCUCAUCGGGGCAGCGCACAACGGGGCCAUGGGAGGACUGAGUUCUGGGUACGGCACGGGCCUACUCUCUGCCAACCGCCACUCAAUCAUGGUGGGCUCUCACAGGGAAGAUGGUAGCGUGGGCAUGCUUGGCAGCCAUCCCAUCAGACCCAACCAAGUGCCAGUCCCCCAGCUGCCCCAGCAGUCUGCCACGUCACCAGAUCUCAACCAGACUGAUUCAUACCGGGCUCUCUCCAGUGGUCUCCAGGGCCAGAGCGCCUCGUCCAUCUCGUCAGAGAUCAAGUCGGAGGAUGAAGGGGAUGAGAACCUACAGGAUGCCCGAUCUAUGGAGACCAAGAAGGAGGAGUCCGACAACAAGGACCUCAAGUCUAUUGAUAGGUCAAGAUCUAGCAACGCGGACGACGAGGACUUGUCUCCCGAGCAGAAGAUCGAACGCGAGAAGGAACGCAGGAUGGCCAACAACGCCCGGGAACGUCUGCGUGUCCGAGACAUCAACGAGGCUUUCAAGGAGCUGGGGCGCAUGGUGCAGCUGCACCUGAAGAGUGACAAGCCACAGACCAAACUGCUCAUACUGCAUCAGGCCGUGGCCGUCAUACUGAGUCUGGAGCAGCAAGUCAGAGAGAGGAACCUGAACCCUAAGGCAGCGUGUCUGAAGAGACGUGAGGAGGAGAAAGGCUCGUCGGACGGCGGAGCGACCCUCUCCCUGGCCGGGCCGCACCACGGCAUGGGGGACGCCUCCAACCCAAUGGGACAAAUGUCCAAGCUCCCGGAGUUCAUCAAGAUGAUGAGUGACCACUUCCUUUGACAACAUUCUCUUAUUUCCUGAACCAAUCAAAUCAACCGAUCACGUCAAUCAACGAUCGAGCGAUCUGACCAACGUCUUGCCCUGACAACCUGUCUUUUGUCUCCUGUAGAAAUAAAUGAACCCAAAUGUAUAUUGGCUAUGGAACAACAUAACAGAUACUACAGUACUACAGAUACUACAGUACUACAGAUACUACAGUACUACAGAUACUACAGUACUACAGAUACUACAAUACUACAGAAACUACAAUACUACAGAUACUACAAUACUACAGAAACUACAAUACUACAGAAACUACAAUACUACAGAUACUACAAUACUACAGAAACUACAAUACUACAGAUACUACAAUACUACAGAAACUACAAUACUACAGAAACGACAAUACUACAGAUACUACAGAUACUACAGUACUACAUAUAUUACAAUACUACAGAUAUUACAAUACUACAGAUACUACAGUUCUACAGAUACUGCAGUACUACAGAUAUUACAAUACUACAAUAUUACAGAUUCUACAGUACUACAAAUACUACAGUACUACAGAUAAUACAGUACUACAGAUAUUACAAUACUACAGUUCUACAGAUACUACAGUACUACAGAUAUUACAAUACUACAGAAACUACAAUAUUACAGAUUCUACAGUACUACAUAUACUACAGUACUACAGAUACUACAGUACUACAGAAACCACAGUACUACAGAUACUACAAUAACUACAGUACUACAGACACUACAGUACUACAGAUACCACAGUACUACAAUACUACAGAAACUACAGUACUAUAGAUAAUACAGAUAUUAUAGACACAACAGUACUAUAGAUAAUACAGAUACUACAGUACUACAUAUACUACAGAUACUACAGUACUACAGUGCUACAAUACUACAGAUAAUACAUAUACUACAGUACUAAAGUUACUACAGUACUACAUCUACUACAGAUACUACAGUACUACAAUACUACAGAUAAUACAUAUACUACAGAUUCUACAGUACUACAGAUAAUGCAUAUACUACAGUACUACAGAUUCUACAGUACUACAGAUUCUACAAUACUACAGUACUACAGAUUCUACAAUACUACAGAUACUACAGUACUACAGAUUCUACAAUACUACAGAUACUACAGUACUACAGAUUCUACAAUACUACAGAUACUACAGUACUACAGAUUCUACAAUACUACAGAUACUACAGUAGUACAGUACUACAGAUAAUGCAUAUACUACAGUACUACAGAUUCUACAGAUACUACAGUACAAUACAUUUGUUCUUAUUUCUUUCUGUUAUUAUAUAUCUUAAAAGAAUUUUUUUUUUAAAUGAAAAAAUAUAUAUAUGAUAAUUGAUGCAACUACUCGAUGUUGGGGGACUAUUUCAAACAUAUCAUGAUGUUUUUUAAACAAUGUUUAACAAUGCUGCAGACUGAGCUGUUAGUGAACACAGCCCUAUCAACUGAAUGGCAAUCUUCUCCACACUGUGGACACUCUUGCAGUAGUGCCUGAAAUCCUCCUUGACAUUUCAAGUUAGCUAGAUAUAUAUGAAAACUCAAUCAGUCAGUCUAGACAGGAAGAGGGUAUGAAUAGAAUAUAGAAAAGUAGACAUUAUGUAGAAUUUCAAGAUAUUGUAAAAAACAUGCAAUAAUGACAACAACAAAAAAAGUGUACUUCUAAUCUAAAACAGAUUAAUUUUGAGAUAACACUUUGGGCUGUAUGCUAGAAUGGAUAGAGGCAAAAAAAAAUGGCUGCCCCUUAUACUUAUAGCCACUCGAAACUAGCAAACGUCCAGAUUCAGAUUUGACAUGUGUUUUCAUUGGCCAUUCCUUUGCGUGGGCUGAGCAGACGAGCAAAUGGACCCUUUGUGAUUGGAGGGCAGGCCGUUGGUAGUGUUACUGUUCGUUAGCCCAUGUUACUAGGCAGAUGAAGGAAGGACGGAGAGAAAAGAAAGGGUGGAGAGAUUGUCUCCUUGCUGUGUCCGUCACACAGACAGAUCCAGAACAAAGUCUCUCGCCCGUGAUGACGUCACUUCCUGGUUGGUGAUGUCACGUCCUGGUUGGCGAUGACGCUGCGUCGGAAAGGCACAGCCAGAGGGGGGGAUGUACAUCCCAGAGGCCGAGCAGUCCGUCAUCUUGUAUGAUUUGUCUGAUUUAUAAACCCCGGUCUAGCACUUCACACCCCCCUUUGUCACCCUCCCCAGUUCUCCCUUCCUGCCCCCUUACCCCCUAACCAAGCCCCCUUACCCCCUUACCAAGCCCCCUUACCCCCUAACCAAGCCCCAAUCCCCAGACCCUGUAAGGCUCCAGAGAUGCAAUUUUAACAUUCACUUCUACCAAUGUGCCUUUCAGAGUUCAUAUCAUUCAAAUGCGAUGAGGAGGAGACGGACGUUAUCUGAACUUUUUAGGAUUCAAGCUUAGGGAACUGUUAGUUAUUAGGUCUAUGCAGUCAGGUUUUUUCCGACCUGGGAAUUUAAAAAAAGAAAAAGAAAAACAGUCAAAAGAGAAAAAAAAGUAUUUUUGGGAUAAACUGUAUUUAAUUGUACUGUAUGCUUAUAUGUAAUUAGAUGACGUGUCCCUGAACAGACCUUGUUUUAGUCAGUUGAGCCCCCUGGCGGCCCCAGCACCCCGAGUUUCAGACCCCUUCCUGUAUUAUUCCAAGUUUCAGCCUGUUUCCAUAGUGACCUACACGUCUGUUAUUGAGCGUUGUAUUAUAGCUAUCAGCUUUUUAUGAAUAUCGGCUUGUCCGUGAGCCCCUGUAGUCUUCAGUACCAGUGUGUGGUUGUGUGUGUAAAACAGAACUUAUUCUCUUUUUUAAAUCUUUCUCUUAUUCUUUGUCUGUUCUGGUUUCUCCGUUGAUGAAAAAAGUACUAAACCACAACUUGCUGCCCUAUGGAGAUUCGUCAGCAGAUGUUUUUAAAUGUGGUUUACAUUAUCCAAUCAACGCAAAGGCACUGAAACUGGAAAAUAAUCUAUUUGAAAAAUCAAUAUAUAUAAAUGUAAAAAUAUAUACAAUAUAUAAAUAAGGAAGGUGCCAGUUUUCAAAGGAGAGGUUGUUUUGGUGGUGAUUAAUUAUUUUCUCAGAGAUGGGUAGAAGGUUUGAAGAGGCAUCUCAGUGUUACUUUAAAGAGACAAGACGCGUUCUUCUUCUCUGCCGUGCCGUGCCGUGACAUCACAAUGACUGACUAUGGUGUCCCUGACUGGACAAAAGGGACCGGUCUUCUCUGGCGGGGCCGUGACAUCACAAUGACUGACUAUGGUGUCCCUGACUGGACAAAAGGGACCGGUCUUCUCUGGCGGGGCCGUGACAUCACAAUGACUGACUAUGGUGUCCCUGACUGGACAAAAGGGACCGGUCUUCUCUGGCGGGGCCGUGACAUCACAAUGACUGACUAUGGUGUCCCUGACUGUACAAAAGGGACCGGUUUUCUCUGGCGGGGCCGUGACAUUACAAUGACUGACUAUGGUGUCCCUGACUGGACAAAAGGGACCGGUUUUCUCUGGCGGGGCCGUGACAUCACAAUGACUGACUAUGGUGUCCCUGACUGGACAAAAGGGACCGGUUUUCUCUGGCGGGGCCGUGACAUCACAAUGACUGACUAUGGUGUCCCUGACUGGACAAAAGGGACCGGUUUUCUCUGGCGGGGCCGUGACAUCACAAUGACUGACUAUGGUGUCCCUGACUGGACAAAAGGGACCGGUCUUCUCUGGCGGGGCCGUGACAUCACAAUGACUGACUAUGGCGUCCCUGAUGGGACAAAAGGGACCGGAGUUACAACAUGCUCCACUCACUGCUAUUCAGCUGUCAAAGGAAACGCAGACAUUUGUCAAUUGUAUGCAACAAAUGCAAACUGACGAUUAUUUUGAAAUUGUGUAUGUAAAAGUUAUAUUUUUACAUGUAGGCUGUUGUUAUUUUGUGUUUAGAUAAUACGUUGUGUUAGUUUUUCGUUAAAAGAUGAAAAAGUAAAAUUCGGUGUUGAAAACAUGUCACAUUGAAAAUGUAGUCAAAAGUUUCAAUAUCAUAUUUUUUUGUUUUUUUUCAGCAUUUUGUUUGUUUAUAUCAAGAAGGUAUAUAAUAUUAUUUUCAUGCUCCAUGCUCAUUGCCAUUUUUUCAUUGUAUUUUUCAUUGUAUUUUUCAUUGUAUUUUUGAAGAAAUAAUGUAUAAAUAAUAAUACACAGGGUUCAUGACCUUUUGGUUGGGGUGCUGGUGGUGAAUAGCUGAAAGUGGGAGAGAAUUGAGUUGAUUUGAUCAGUUGUAUUCUGCUUGUAAUUGUCUGGUUAUUCUAGCCAGGUGCCAAUAUUAAUUAAAAAUCAAUGGCACGUAA